AUGUGAAGGAGUAUUUGUGCCUUUGUGACUGGUCUCUACAUCUCCAGUGAACUUCAAAUUGAAGAGACUCUAUAGCCUUGCUAACAGAACUCCAGGGACCUCUCUUGGGGCUGCUAAGAGGAUGUGGUGGUAAAUCUCAGGAAGCAGUUGUUGGAUUUGCUGGACAGAUUUGCCUUGGGAUAGAUGCAUAGACUCACAGUCAGAGUUCCAGCCUCCAGCUGUGGGCCCAAAGCAAAUAGGGUCAAAAGGGAAGUGACUCAACACAGACUUCAUUCUCAGGAAGAAUCAAGGAUAGAUUGUAUGUACCAACAAUCUCUUUAUUCAUUUUUUAAAUCAAAAUCGAGGCUUGCCAUUUUUACUAUAAGGUUGAUACAUCUCCCAAGGCUCCUGAUCCAAUUUUAAAACUCAGGUCAUUUUUCAGGCACUGUACAGUUCUCAGAGCACAGGUCUCAGAACAUGGUUACAGUAUCACUCAUGUAUUUAGUGUUCGCAAUCCUGUAAGGCACACAAGGGGUUAUCAUCAAGCCAGUAUCACAUUACAGAUAUGGAAACUGGGGACUCCAAAGAGAGAUAGAUAUCUUCCAAGUCAACACAGAUGCAGAGUGUAGACUGUCUGAGCCUUUGAUUGUGUCCUGCUGCAGUAUUCCUCUUUGCUAGAUCCUGGAUGCCUGCCCACCACUUACUGAACAUCUAGGCAUCUGAGAAAACCGGCAAUGAUGGCUUUCCCUCCACAAUCUCAUGUAUGUUUUACUCCUCCAAAAAGCUCUGACUUUGACAAUAUCAACAAAGGGGUUCAAGCAUUUCCCAGUACCUACAGAGUUCAUGACUCCCAACACAAGGCGUGGGUCCUGGCUGGAAAUUCUUUGACAGCGGUUCCUGCUAGCAACAGCGUCAAAUCUGUCAUUCUUAGCUUGAUAGCAUGUAGAGACAUGGAAUUCCAAGAUGAAAAGAAGGGUAAUCUAGUUUUCCUGGGAAUCAAAGGCAGAAGUCUCUGCCUCUUCUGUGCUGAGAUCGAGGGCAAACCGACUUUGCAGCUUAAGGAUGUAGACAUCAUGGAUUUGUACAAUGAGAAAAAAGCACAGAAAGCCUUUCUCUUCUACCAUGGCAUAGAGGGAUCUACUUCUGUCUUUCAGUCAGUCUUGUAUCCUGGCUGGUUUAUAGCCACCUCUUCCACAGCAAGACAAACAAUCAUUCUUACACAGGAGAGGGGUGAAGCUAAUAACACUAACUUCUACUUAGAGUCUGAGAAUUAGAUCUACCAUGGGCCAUAUGUGGCCAGUUGCAGGCCAAAGAAUCAAACUGUUGGAGAAUCUUUUACUUGAAAACAUAGCAAGACAUCUUAGAAGACCACCAUGUUUCCUCUUCUCCUGACAUCCAUGUCUGAAAUGCCAUUCAUUGGUAUAAGAGAAUAAAAAAUAGGGCUGGAGAGAUGGCUCAGUAGUUAAGAGCAUUGAUGGUUCUUCCAGGGUUCUGAGUUCAAUUUCCAGAAACCACAUGGUAGCUCACAACCAUCUGUAAUGAGAUAUGAUGCCCUGUUCUAGUGUGUCUGAAGACAGUGACAGUGUACCCACAUAUAUGAAAUAAAUAAAUAAAAAACCUCAUUGGCACAGGCAGAAA